AUGUAACUGAUAACCCACAUUUGAUUGCUCAAUAACACAAACACUGGUUAUGGCAGUUACAACCGCUGUAAAAGUGUUUGAUACUGUGACACAACUAUUGUCGCUGGGUUCAUUCAAGGUGAGAGCUUUCAAACGACUGAUUUCCCAUAAGCUUGAGGGAAACGUGGCUACAUACCGUUACUAGCCGCCGCUUCUCUGGUGCCACAAGACAUUUGCCACACUUGAGAUACUUAUCUGGUACCGCAGCCAGGAAAUAGCAGGCGAAUGACAAUGUGCUCGGUAGUAAGCAGAACGAAACCAGUUCAACGGGCUCUGGCUCUCACGCGUCUGCUCAGAGCAAACACCGAGGGCUCCAGUUAUGCAUUAGCCGAGAGCAGGCGCUUCUGUCCCGGUGUGAGUACUAGCAUUUACCCGCUACGAGCUACCAGCAGAUCGUAUUCCUCCAGGAUGGCGCUGACCGAUGGACUGCUCUUCAGACAACUGUUUGAGUCAGAGAGCAGCACCUACACCUACCUGCUGGGAGACACAGAGACCAAGGAGGCGAUCCUUAUCGAUCCUGUACUGGAAACCAUUGAACGGGACCUGAAGCUCAUACGUGAACUGGGGCUCGAUCUAAAAGUGGCAGUAAACACUCAUUGCCAUGCGGACCACAUCACAAGUACUGGGCUGAUGAAGAAAAGAUUGGUUGGGCUGAAGAGUGCAAUUUCCAAAUUCAGCGGUGCCUCUGCAGACAUUCUCCUGUCAGAGGGAGACAAGAUCUACUUUGGAAAACAUUAUCUGACAGCGAGAGAGACACCAGGACACACUGAUGGGUGCAUGGUGCUGGUGACAGGGGAUCAGAGCAUGGCUUUUACUGGGGACGCUCUGCUCAUCAGGGGCUGUGGCAGGACAGACUUCCAGCAGGGUUGCGCCAAGAAGCUUUAUGAGUCAGUUCAUCAGAAGAUCUUUACUCUGCCAGACCAGUGCCUUGUCUACCCAGCACAUGACUACUUAGGUCAGACGGUGUCUACGGUUGGUGAGGAGCGCAAGUUUAACCCGCGCUUGACCAAGAGCCUGGAAGAGUUUGAGAACAUCAUGAGUAACCUGAAUCUCCCCAAGCCUAAGAAAAUAGAUAUUGCAGUGCCUGCUAAUCUGGUUUGUGGAGUACACAAUGUCUGAAUGUCCUGCAAAAAAAGAGACUUUUAAUCAAAUCAACUACAUCAUAGAAUCAGAAUCAGCUUUAUUGGCCAGGUAUGUGUAACCACACAGAGUUUUGUGAUUAACUUUUCCAUGUUUGUAUCUGAGCAGGAUUUACCAAAAUGUGCUUACCAUUAAGUGCUUUAUUGUGUUUAUGUAUGUAAAUGUAAAGAUAUAUAAUUGAAUAGCUGUUGCCACUGGCGUUAAUGUGAUAAUGCUUAAAAUGAAAAUGCAAUCAGUUCUAGUUUAACCAUUAGAAAUGAGUGCUUAAGAUUUGUACAUGAGGAAAAACCACUAUUAAUAAUUUCUUGGUAUUUUGAUUAAAUUUGAAUGUGACUUACUCUA